AUGGGUAUUUUACAAUAUCGACAUAAUCGUCGUCAAGAAAUUUUACCAGACGAUGACAAAUCACAACAAAAUUAUUACGAAGAUAAUGGUUAUGAAAAUUAUAAAUCAUUAAUUAAAACUUCUUCAUCAAUGGAUGUUUUAUCAACAAGUACUGAAAAUUCAUUUGAAAAAGCUCAAACAAUCGGUCAAGAAAUUAUGAAAAAAGUUCCUAUGCCACCAUGGGCGAGAUGGCUGAUUAUUCUUCUAGUAAUUCUUGUAGCAUGUAUCGGUUGCGCUUGUUGUCUUCAAAUAGCAUGUCGAAAUUUCUGGAAAAAGAAAUCAAAAAAGAGUGGCAAAGGCAUCAGUUUCAAAGGUCUUAAGAAAUUUGGUUUCAAAAAAGCAAAGGUACAACCCGACGUUGAACAAUUAACACAAAAUAUGGAAGAUAAUGAAGAUGCUGAAUCAAAAAAAAGUGAACCACAAUAUUUAGGAAAAUUAGAAUAUUCACUUGAUUAUGAUUUUCAAAAACAAGAACUAAAAGUUGAAGUUAUUCAAGCACAAGAAUUACCACCUAUGGAUAUGAAUGGAUCAUCUGAUCCAUAUGUUAAAGUGUAUAUAUUACCGGAUAAAAAACGAAAAUUUGAAACAAAAGUACAAAAAAAAACAUUAAAUCCUGUUUUUAAUGAAGCAUUUAUAUUCAAAGAUUUGCCAUAUGGUGAAAUAGGUGGAAAAACACUUGUAUUUUCAGUUGUCGAUUUUGAUCGUUUGUCACGACAUGAUCCUAUGGGUGAAUUACAAAUUCCAUUGAAUGCCGUGGAUUUCGGAAAAGUCGUAAGAGAAACAAAAGAGUUAAUGCCACCACCUAGUGAUCGAGAUGUUGAUAGCAAAUUGGGAGACAUUUGUUUUUCGCUUCGAUAUGUUCCAACAGCUGGCAAAUUGACAGUUACGAUACUCGAAGCUAAAAACCUCAAAAAAAUGGACGUCGGCGGACUUUCUGAUCCAUAUGUUAAAUUAUUAUUAAUGAUGAAUGAAAAACGUUUAAAAAAAAAGAAAACAUCAAUUAAAAAAUGCACAUUAAAUCCAUAUUAUAAUGAAUCAUUUACAUUCGACGUAUCAUUCGAAGAAAUUCAGAAAGUAAAAUUAGUGAUUUUGGUUGUUGAUUAUGAUCGUAUUGGAACAUCUGAACCUAUUGGAAAAGUUGUUUUAGGUUGUCGAGCAACUGGUUCUGAAUUACGUCAUUGGUCUGAUAUGAUUGCUUCACCUCGAAGGCCUAUUGCUCAAUGGCACGCACUCAAAGAACCUGGCGACGAAAAAUAG